GUCCCCGAGCGCACACGGCGUAAAGGAGAGUCUGUGGAAGGGACAUAACGGUUUUCUUUUCGGCCCCCCUCUCCACUCAGACAACAAGAACCAACUAAAACCUGAAUUUCAGAGGGGUUUACACAAUCUUUUUCUGCUCUAAAGGAGGAGGGAAGCGAGGGAUUGGAGCAGCAAGUUCUUUUUUUUCUUUUUUCCCUUUUUCUCUUUUUCUUAAAAGAGGAUUUUGUGUUUUCACGGUGGUUCACUCUUCGCUCUCGCCGCAAAGAUGAUGGUCGGAGAGGUCGAAGUGAAGGAGCGACCGAGGCCGAGUCCAGACUAUUUGAUGCAAUUAUUAAACGAAAAGAAGCUUAUGACCAGUUUGCCAAAUCUCUGCGGAAUCUUCACGCACCUGGAGCGGCUUCUGGAUGAAGAGAUCAACAGAGUGCGUAAAGAUAUGUACAGCGACUCAGUGAACGGCCUUGUGGACAAACACCCGCUGGAGCUGCCUGAACCCAUCGGACCCAUCGUUCACCUGCAGGAGAAACUGUUUGUGCCUGUCAAAGAGUACCCAGACUAUAACUUUGUGGGAAGAAUCCUUGGUCCCCGGGGACUCACUGCCAAACAGCUGGAAGCAGAGACGGGAUGCAAAAUCAUGGUGCGAGGAAAGAGCUCCAUGAGAGACAAGAAGAAGGAGGAGCAGAACAGAGGGAAGCCAAACUGGGAACACCUAAAUGAAGACCUUCACGUCCUAAUCACAGUUGAAGACUCACAGAACAGAGCUGAGAUCAAGAUGAGAAGAGCGGUAGAGGAAGUCAAGAAGCUCCUUGUACCUGCUGCUGAGGGGGAAGACAAUUUGAAGAAGAUGCAGCUGAUGGAGCUGGCUAUACUCAACGGGACGUACAGAGACAACAACGUCAAAACACCCCCCCUUGCGUUCUCUCUUGCAGCAGCGGCAGCGGCCGCUCAGGGCCCUCGCCUCAUAGCAGCCCCCGCAGGUCAGGUGUUGCAGCCACCGACACUCCGGCCCCCGACGCCGGGCGGGGCACCCAUCAUGAACCUCAUAAGGCCCACUCAGAUGGCUGCCAUGCUGCCCAAUGGCACCCCCACCUUGGUGCCUCCCACACCGGACGGCGGACUAAUCUACACCACCCCUUACGACUACCCCUACGCCUUGGCACCCACCUCGUUGCUGGAGUACCCCAUCGAGCACAGUGGGGUUCUAGGUAAGAGAGCCUGGGGAAGCUUGGGUACAGCGGCCAACUUUAGCCAGCCCGGACAGGAGGGCAGCUUUUUUUACCCCGGCAUCGGGUUACUGGACGCAGCUUCCAUGAGCCACAAUCAGGACUUGUUGAAAGGUGCAAUGGCUACUAAAGUGAGACGGCAUGACACGCGGGUCCAUCCUUACCAAAGGAUUGUGACCGCUGACAGAGGUCAGUUUAGUCUCCUAGCUACUCUUUGCUAUUGAUUGAUGCAUUUAUAUGAUUAUUAUGCCUAUUAUGCCUCACUGCCUUAGUCAGAAAUGUGUACAUUACCUGUAUUGUGUUUUCAUUGUUUUUUGCACAGGAGAAUCUCUCAUUUGGAAUAGGAUUGAAAAGGAAGUUCAUUUAUUUUAGUAAACCAGUUCAGAAAGUUACAUCUUUAUGUCUUAUAGAUCCAUUACUGGCAGAGUGAUGCAUUUUGAUUGUGGCUUACAGCUAAUAAAAACACCAGAGUGAAAAUGACAUAAGGUCCAUAAGAUUUUAAAACCGAAUUAUGGAACCAGUGAAAAGAGUCUCCAUGAUCUGUAAAGUUUGCAGAUUUUAUACUUGAUCUGGAUUUCUGCAAGAUUUACUGCAUGAAUGUGAUUUGAUAUGAGGGAGAUCUGCUUGUGGUUCUACUGAUGUGUUCAGGAAACCUAGGUUGUUUCAAUUAUUGGCUCUCAGCUGGUUUCUUGUUGGCUCUGAUUUGUGAUCCCGCCUCUGACACCAUUGGUUCUCAAUGAGGUCAGCACAGUCAGCUGGCCAGUAAAGGACAUGAUGAAAUAGCCUUUUAAGCAGCAAAGUUUGUUUUUUUUAAAUGAAAUACAAAAUGUUUCCCUUGUUCUGUUGCUAUUCAUCAGGGUUAAACACCUGAGAUAUUACUGUCAGCUAGGCAAUGUAAAGUUAGCUUAAGCAUAAUUGUAUGAAUUAUGUGAUUUUGAACUUAUAUAAAAAAACAGCUUUUGUUGUUUUGUUUUUUCCCGUGAGAGAAACUGCAGUUUAAAAUCUACCAAACGUAUUCUCUCCAUUCAAUGUUCCAAUAAAAUGCUUGGAAACAUACAUUUUCUUUAGCAGGAAACAUUUGUGACUCAUUGCGUUUUUGUUUGCUGUAAGCCUCAUCAUCAAAUUGAACAGAAAAAAAGACUUUUAUCACUCUGUUUGUAUUGACUCUAUGGUUUAUUCUGGACUGAAUCAUUGAACUUCUCAGUUCUAUUCCAAGUUACUGAGGUUUGCCUGUAAAUCAACACACCUGCUAAAUGGUUAAGUGUUGUUAUGCACAUUUUGUUUACAUGUAGUACUUAAAAACAACAGACUGUGUUUAAAUCAAAGCUCAGGCAAAAGCGAUCUUAAGAGAUUUGGCUCAUGCAGCUGUGAAGCUAAAAGCGAUGAAUAGUUAUCAGGCAGUGUUUUAAGGUGUAGAAUGACAUUCCUCUGAUUAGAGACAAAAAAAGGAGCAGGUUUGCUCCCAUCCAUGAUUUAUCUCCUCUGCUCAUAAGGAGCAAAGGAGGAGUUUUUCUAUACUGUAUCUGAGAGUAGCUGCGCUGCUACCAGCCGCCAUUUUCACCAUGGGAUUAUCAUUUCUUUGGGAUUAUUUUUCUAGAAAAAUAGAGGCGCACAGACUUUAGUGGAGGUAGCUUGCAUUCUUUGCAGUGUAUUGCAAAUCUAUUAAAAUAAAGCUAAAAUCCUUUUUUUUUUAAAUAAAUAUAUAUAUUUCAGUUGUACACGAGGUACUGUCAUUUUAUAUUUGGAACAUUU